AUGUCGGUGCCAAGCGCGCUCGUGAAGCGGCCUCCUCUCCAGUGCACGGCUGGGGCCGUCCUGGCUCGCAAUGAGAAAGGUGAGCUUUCCAUGGAGAGAGUGAAGGUGAAACGCUAUGUAUCCGGAAAGAGGCCACACUACGCCCCUCUGGAGUCCUCAGAUGAGGAAGAAUUUCAGGUCCUAAAGCGAGCCAGAGAACGAGCCACAGAGCCUGAGGAGCAGGACGAGGACUCAUCUAGUGACCCUCGUGUGCGGCGCUUACGAAACCGGAUCAGGGAAGAUGUGGAAGCCAGAUUGGCUCGACAUCGGGAAACAGUGGAACCUGAAGUGGUAGGAGAAAGUGACUCCAAAGUCCAGGGAGAUGAUUGUCACAUGGAAGGAGAAGACAGCAGUGAAGGAGAGGAGGAAGAAAUGCAUGAUGAGGAAAUAGAACGGCGCCGUGGCCUGAUGUGCCAGCGAGCACAGGAAAGAAGAAAGGAAGAGAUGGAUGUCAUGGAGGUGGAAGAGGAAGGACGUGCUGGGGAAGAGUCGGAAUCAGACUCUGAAUACGAAGAGUACACAGACAGUGAAGACGAGAUGGAGCCUCGCCUGAAGCCAGUCUUCAUUCGAAAGGAGGACCGAGUGACAGGUCAAGAACAUGAGGCCCAAGCCCUAAAACAGGAGUUGGAGCAGGAAGCUAAACGCGUGGCUGAGGAGAGGCGCAAGUACACACUCAAGAUUGUCGAAGCAGAGACCAAGAAAGAGCUCCAGGAGAACACACGGUCCCUGGCCGCACUGGAUGAUAGGACGUCUGUUACACAUGCCCUAGUGCUUACUCAACAGUACCACCAAUUAAGGCAGUAUGAGCCUGAGGCGGCCCGAACAACAGCUCUCCUGGUUGAAUAA